AAACUUUACGACGAAGAAGAAGAAGUUUGACCUUCUAGUUCAAAUACUUCCUGUCAGGGCAUGUUACUGCACUCGGCUGCUUUCAGACGUUUAACAGACAAGUCUUGAUUCACAAACAUGUUUUUAACGAAGCUUUGUACUCCACAGAGUCUGUUAUCAUGGUGUGUUUGCCCUGUGUUCACCCGUACAGGUUACCUGUCAGUGUUACCACUUCGUGUACACGCUGCGAGGGUCGGCCAGGCUUCACUGCUCCACACUCAAAAUCCUCAGCUCAACUCCAACAGGACGUCAGUGGUGCGCUGUGCUCGGCAGAGAUAUGAGAGACUGUACCCUGUGAUCCUGGUCCGGCCUAAUGGAUCUACAGUAAACAUCAGAUACAAAGAACCCAGACGCAUCCUCAUGAUGCCAGUCAAUCUGUCCACUCUGUCUGAAGAAGAACGUCGAGCUCGACAGAAAAAGAGAGAGGUGAAGAAGCCGAAAAAACAGACCACCGUCCACUAUGAAGAUGACUUCAAAGCUGACAAAUACAGCCACUUCUGGAAGAAGAAAUAAUGUCUUUUUUUAUGUGAAUGUAAAGCAUGACUGGGGCAGCAUCCCUAAAAAUCAGACUCUCACUUGAAGCUUUCAUUUGACCAUAUACAGUAUGUAUAGAUUGGAUCAUUUUCAUGCAAAAAAGUCAUUCCUCCAAAAGAUUCAAUUGUUGAACACUGAAACCCAGACUAAUGACAUUUUUAUGGCAGGAUGACAGAACACCAUGUGUAGCAGUUGGAGCUCUGCUGCUGAAUUAUACUUUGGCUCUGGGGUUACUUUCCUUAAAGUGUAACAAAAUCUUAAGUUAAUAAAUUGUUUUAAAGCUGUG